GCUCGUGGCCUCAGUCUGUGACGCGCCGAGGGCUGACCGCUGCCGCUGCCUCUGCCGCUGUAGCCGCGGCCGCCUACCGCCGCCCGCAAACCGGCGCCUCCUAUCCGGCAGGCCACACGAGUGGCGAUGCUGUGGUACCUGGUAGGCUGCGCCGUGCUGGCGCUUCUGGCAGCGGUGGUGAUCGGCGCUGCGUGUGAUCGCUGGUUGCAGGAGCUGCAAGCACACCACCGUGAUCCUGAUGGGGAUACGGGCUCAGCCACUGCAAGCCCCGGAAGCAUUCUGGCUGAUCGUCUCGGCAAGCUGGAUGCUGCAACUCAGGGCUGGCGCAAAAGAGUUGGCCCUACUGAUGCAGACUGCUUCUCUGUGGCGGGUCGCAUGCGAAUGCGUGGUGGUGCUGGGGAAGCGAUUCACAGUCUGCCCCUCCAGCCUAGCCUACCACCACAAUUACAAGGUGGCUCUCCCUCCGAGAAGGCUGCGCGGCGGGUGCCACGUGCUCUGCGCUUCCGCAGUAAAGCUGCACAGGUUAAGAAUGCUUCUUCGACCCCAACUUCACCACAGAAGGAGUCACCAGUUAAUCUUUCUUUCAAGAGAAGUUUGUCAGCACCAGGAGGCGAUGAUGAGAAUGGCUUGUCAUUGGCAGGUAGAGAAGAUGAACCAACAGGACCUACAGUUGCAGUGCCUCGAGCUGAUGAUGAGACUUUCUUGCAGUUUUUCCGUAGUGUGAGUACGGAAAAACUGCAAAGUGAUAGGCUGGAAAUAAGAGAUGAGGAUCUCAAUGAAAUCAUUGCUGAUUCUACUCAGUUACUGGUGCAGAAGAAGUCGGUGAAAGUACAAAGGCGCAACAUCACUUCCCGAAACCCUCUCAAGGUUCUGGCUGCAAGAACUGAUCUGCAGGAAGAAUAUGUUGAGGUGAAGACAGGAAUAGCAGAGAAAGAAAUAAGAAGGCUCAACGUGGAGAAACUGGCUAAGAGCUCACCUUUAGCAGUGGAGGCUCUAGCAGGUCUUGCAAGUAAAGAAGACUUCACAGCAGUUGCUCUGAAGAAAGCAUCAAGCUCAGUUGGUUCUUUGCUUCCCUACAAGGAUCUGAUGUUGAUCCAUGUGAAAGGACGUAGACAUGUACAAUCUCGUCUUGUGGAACCUACUGUGGCAUCUGUUAACCAUGGAGAUAAUUAUGUACUUGUCACACCAACUGAGGUUUUUAAUUGGGUUGGCCUAUACUCAAAUGUCAUUGAGCGAUCCAGAGGAGCUGAGAUAGCACAGUAUAUUGUGCAGAAGAAAGAUCUUGGGUAUACAGGUUCAGGACAGGUAAUCAGUAUCACUGAAGAGAAAAUAACUUGCUCAACCUCCCAGAAGAAGCGUUUUUGGCAACUGCUUGGGGCUCAAGAAAAUAUUGGGGAAGGUACUCCAGCUUAUGCUGGGCAUCCAGAUGAAGAUGAACUUUAUGAAAACUGUAUCCUGGCUACUAACAAAGUUUAUGAGCUGCAAGAGCAUGAACUGGUUCCCAUGGAAGAAUAUUGGGGUAGUAUACCACGCAUUCAGAUGCUGGAUCCAUCAAAAAUUAUAGUUUUUGACUUUGGCUCUGAAAUGUAUAUUUGGAAUGGAAAGAAUGCAUCUCUGGAUACUCGUCGAGAGGCAAUCCAUUUGGCACGGGAGCUGUGGUCCGAGGGUUAUGAUUAUACAGGAUGUGAUGUUUGCCCCUUGACCAUAAGUGCUGCUCUUGGCUCACACUUAGAGCAAAAUGUGAGCACCCCAGUAUCUGGUCCAGAACGACCCAGUUGGGCCUUGCUUGGAAAGGUUACACAGCACAUGGAGACCAUACUUUUCAGAGAAAAAUUCCUUGACUGGCCUGAUUUUUCUCGUGUCAUACGCUCAAAGGUCACGGAUGAUAUAGAUAAGCAGUUUGAUGCAACCAUUGACGUCAAACCCUGUGAUGCUAAAAUGAUGACAGAAUCAAAACAAAGUGAACCUGAUCUUGAACUUGAAGGCCUGCAUCUAGGUCGUGGCUGUAAUUACUUUGAUCAGGAGAUGCGCCGACACUAUGAAAUUACAACACUUGGAGUGACAGUGUGGCAUAUACAAGAGUAUGAGCACUCAGAGUUGCCCCGGUCAUCACUUGGUCAAUUUCACAUGGGUGACAGUUAUGUCAUUAGAUGGCAGUAUUCCAUUACAGUAACAGGAAGAGAGCUCAGUGGCCAGCCCUCUCGUCACUCAGUUGCUGGCAGAGAUAGGUGUGCUUAUUUCUGUUGGCAAGGACAAGAUGCAUCACUGAAUGAACAGGGUGCUGCUGCUCUUCUAACUGUGGAGCUAGAUCAUGAACGUGGUCCACAAGUUCGUGUGGUACAAGGCUAUGAACCACCUGCAUUCCUGGCACUUUUCCAAGGCAGCAUGGUCACUCACAUUGGAAGAAGAGGAGAUAUGGAUUUUCAAGGCCCUUGGCGCCUAUUUGUAUGUCGAGGGGAACUUGCACAGGAGGCAGUGCUAGUGGAAGUGACUUGCAGUAUUCGUCAGUUGAGAAAUCGUGGCUGCUUUGUUUUGCUGAACACCUCUACUGGUGCCAUACAUGUUUGGUAUGGCAAGAAAUCUCCAACUCAUGCUAGAAAGGUAGCAAAAUCAGCAGCUGAAAGGAUUCAGGACAGAAGACCACCAGAAAUUGGUUUCAAAGCCAGUGCAAACUUAGUUAUUUAUGAACAACAAGAGGGUGCUGAGAACAAAGAAUUCUUCAAAGGUCUGGGUGGCAGCAGUCGUCAGUUGUAUACAUCAGUUCAGGCAAAUGGCACACCUCGACUUUUCCAUUUGAGCAGUAUUUCUGGCUUCCUCUCUACUACUGAGAUACUGAGUCCAUAUAGACAUCCAGACUUUCCUGUGGCCUUUCCAUUCCUGCAAGAUGAUUUGUACAGUGCCGGUCAACCAGCACUGUUCCUGCUUGAUAGUGGGAGUGAGCUUUGGUUGUGGCAGGGUUGGUGGCCAGACACAACAGAAGAUCCUAGUACACAAACAGGAUCUGGUGCUGUGCGAUGGCAGGCAGAGCGACGUGCUGCAAUGCAGACCGCACUUGACUAUGCUCAUCACAUGGGCAGGAGAAGAGCUUCUGCGUGGCUUGUGUGGGCUGGCCUUGAACCACUUGAAUUUACUAAUCUGUUUCCUGUGUGGACUGAUAGGGAUGAUAUAGCAGAACUUAACAUAAGGGAUGGAAGAAAACCUGGAGAAGUACUUACAGUGGAAGAUGAGCUAGCAAGACUGACAUGCUCAACCUAUCCCCCUGCUCAGCUGCUGCAGAGGCCACUACCUGAUGGUGUGGAUCCCACCUGCCUCGAAAUCUAUCUCGACCCUAAUCAUUUCCAGGAGCUUCUUGGUAUGUCAAAAGAAGAAUUCUCUUCCCUUCCUUUAUGGAAACAGACAAAACUGAAGAAGGAUGUUGGAUUAUUUUAGGGGACACUUUUGUUCUUCCAUAUCAGUGUUAAAUUUGGACAGUGCAAGAUUGUGAUAAAAUGUGAAUUCAGGUGUACUUGACAUGAAGAGUAUACUGAAUAUGUAUGAAGACUAGUUUUGUGUUUGUGUACUGUAAUUUUACUGCUGUGAUUGGCUGUGUGAUGUGUUCACAGUUUGUUCCUACUAUGUUGCGGAUAAUGCUUAAGUGUUUUCAAUCAAUAGAGGUAGGAAACACAUAAGUGCUGUGCUACAUUGCUGUGGAGUUACACUAAUGUGAUCCUGUGCCUUUCAAAAAAUGUGAUGUUUGAAACUGCAAAAUUUCAUAAGUCAUGUAUGCAUUUUUCAGACCUGCUGAAGCUUCUAGUCCAAAUGCAAGUUGCAGUUUACAUAACGUAAAGCAACAUCUUAAAUAGUUUCCUUGGUUUGCCAAUGUUGCCUUAAAAUUUGUCUGUUCUACAAAUUUUUCUGUGAUCUAUAUUGCUGAUAAGAAAACUUUCCUCAUUUUCUGUGUUCCAAAAUAAGGCACACGUUUCCAGUGGUUUGAGUAAUAGCUGAAUUGCAGUGCAUGUCUGUUUCAGUUUUAAAGUGUGAGAUAAUUUAUAUUAAUGAUCAGAAAAAUGAAUUUAUUCUAACCUAACAGACUGAAACUAUUUUCCCCCGUUGUUUUGUAGAUGCUAACAUUGAUUUUAACACAUCAUAAAGAAGCAUCUGCUACAACAAACAGUUGCAGUAUUCUUUCCCCAUCUCAAAUUACAAAUAAUCAUCAUGUUUUAUUUAUGUUCUUAAUACCCUCAAUCCUCGAGUUUUGGUUAAUGUGAAAUAUUGCUAUUAUUAUGCAUUCCUCACCAGUUUCUAUUAACAGAUGUUAUACCAAAAGUUGUGUGUUUUCUGUUACCUAUAUUUUGUUGAAUUUCUUAUAAAUAUAUGUACAUUAAAUUAUUUAUCAUUUCAACUAUCAGAUUAAGCCACUGUCUUGUAAAAAUAGAAACAAACAAACAAAUAAA